AUGUUUAAAGCUCAGCUAGCCAUUUUAACACUUGCUACUUUCUUGACUUUUGCAAAUCAAGGAAAUUCUGAUUUUACUUCUCAGUCCUUAAGCUUGCCUACAAAUUUGUUUUGGGGUAAAGUAAAUGGUACCAGCUACCUUACGGUAACAAGAAACAUAAAAAAUCUUGAAUAUUGCUCAUCCUCUUGGGCCAUGGCCGCCACAACUGUCCUUUCAGACCGCUUCAAGGUCCUUAGGAAUGCUUCAUGGCCUGACUUUAACAUAUCUCCACAAGUAGCACUUAGUUGUAUAUCAAGUGUCCAAGGCUGCUCUGAAGAAGGAGACCCAGCGCAAGUCUACGAUUAUAUUUUAAAUAAUGGAAUUACUGAAGAAACUUGCGCAGUUUACCAAGCUCGCGAUUUUUCAAAUGGAGCCCCUUGUGAUAGAUUAGCCAGAUGCAAGACUUGUUUCCCUAAUGGAAAAUGUGACAUUCCUAGCAAAUAUUAUGUAUACAAUAUCACUGGAUAUGCUGUAGCCAAAGGCCAAACACAAAUGCUAAACGCUUUACAAAGUGGGCCUAUUGUAUGCAGACUGAAUAGCACAGAUCAGUUUGUGCAGUACAGCUCUAACGAUGAUAUACUUAUCCCUACACAAUCAGCAAGCAAUGGCACCAUUUAUGUAUCAAUUGUUGGAUAUGGAGUCGAUUCUAAAGGCAAUAAUUAUUGGAUCGGCAGAAACUCUUGGGGAAUUGGCUGGGGAGAUGCAGGAUUCUUUAAUAUUAUAAGAGGAACUGACGCUUUAGGGGUUGAAGAAUAUUGUGUUUACCCUACUCCUUCUCUAAUAGUUACUGUUGUGAACACUAACCAAGGGAUAGAAGAAAAAACUUUAAUCAGUAGUUUCGAUCUCCCCAGAAUUCAAGAGCCAGCCAAAUCUUUCAGAGUAAAACCAGUAGCUGAUGAAACUCUAGCUGCCGUUCCUUCAUCCUGGGAUUGGAGAAAUGUAAAAGGUAAAAAUUAUUUAUCAUGGGCUAGAAACCAAAAUAUCCCACAAUACUUGGAUGCUUCUUGGGCCUUUGCAACUGCUUCUUCUGUUACUGACCGUUUAAAUAUUCUAUUUUUUAACGACACUUUUCCACAGUUCAUUAUAUCCCCACAAGACAUGAUCAAUAAUGUUGUAUAGCCCGUUCCCGACUAUAGAUCGGGCUUAGCCCGAUCUUUGCCGGGAAACUCGGGGGGUUGUCUCCUUCACUUUGAGGUGACGAGUCAACUCCUCGAGUUGGCAAAUAGCCGCUAUAUGGUGAUUUGCCAACUCGGGGAGUUGACUCGUCACCUCAAAGUGACGGAGACAACCCCCGAGUUUCCCACAAAGAUCGGGCUAAGCCCGAUCUAUAGCCGGGAAUGGACUAUAGGAGCAUUCGGUUCUGGAGAUCUAUCCUCACUUUAUAAAUAUUUCCAACAAUUUGGGUUUUCAGAUGACACAUGCCUGCAGUAUGUAGCAGAAAACCGAAAUUCGUUUGACUGCAGCAUUUGUGUAUACUAUUUAUUUAGGCUAAAAACAUAAGGCAAGCUUGUUUUAAUAAAAAUUUUAAAAAAUAAUUAUUUUACAGCCCUUACUGUCUUACUCCUUUAUAGUGAUAUAGAACAGUGAAAAAUCCUUUAUUUGAAAUUAGACUAUAAUGAGGCUUAUUUGUGUAAAUUAAUUGUUUUGAUAUAAGAAAUUAAUUAAAGACUCAAGUACUCAAGUGGCUGACAUUUUAAAAAUAAAUAAUAAAAUUGGAUUUUGGAGGUCAGCUUCGGAGAAGAGCUAGAAGAUAUAUUCUAAAGUUCAAAUAUACCUCCAGCACCCGCUGAUGUAAGCGAUAAUUCAUACUGCAGUUCUGCUCCGAUCCCUAUAACAUUUAAAAUCAGCAGCUACAAAAACCUUGCCGGGGCGACAAAAAUGAUGCAAGAGAUUUAUACAAAUGGACCAAUCACAUGUGGAAUUUAUGCAAGCGCAAAGUUCGCUAAUUACACAUCAGGAAUUUAUAGCGAAAUUUCAAAAAUUUCCACAAUCAGUCAAUAUGUAUCAGUUGUAGGCUGGGGAGUAGAUCCAUCAACAAACAAUAAAUAUUGAAUUGGGAGGAAUUCUUGGGGCACAGGCUGGGGUGAUUAUGGAUUCUUUUUUAUGCAAAUGCUUAGAGAUAACCUUGGCAUUGAAACUGACUGUACGGCUGCAAUCCCAACUUUUAAAUAA